CUUUCCCACCUCUCUCUCUCGCAUCCUAUCUCGGCCGUCGGUUUUCCGCCGCACGAAUCUCGAGGAGGGAGGGAGGGAGGGCAACGGCAACCCAGCCCCCGCCGCCCGCCAUGGCCGCAGUGGCACCGAUCGCCAUGCCCGCGCGGGUGCACCACCACCACCACCACCACCGCCGCGCGUUGGCGGCGUCUCCGGCGGCGUUAGCGGCGGCGGGGAACGGGUUGUCGGCGACGAGGAGGGUGAGGAGGUCGCCGGCCGUGGAGAUGAGGCGGGAGCGGGAGCGGCGGCGGGCGCGGGAGCAGCAGCCGCGGUGCGGGGAGGUGGCGGGCGGGACGGCGGCGGAGUGCGCCGCGGUGUUCUGCUGCUUCCCCUUCGCCGUCGUCGAGCUCGUCGUCCUCGCGGCCGUCCGCGCUCCCGCCGCGCUCUGCCGCCGCGCCGUCCGCGGUGGGCGCCGACGCCGCGUCCGCUCCACGAAGCCGAAGGAGACGGGCGCCAUGGACAUCGCCUCCCCGAGGUCGCUGGCCGCCGCGGCCGCCAAGGCCAGGAAGGUGGACGCCGAUUUCCCGGCCACGCCCAAGGCCGAACACCUCGUUGACAUGGAGAAGGAGGUGUGGGCGAGCUUCUACGGCGGCGGCUUCUGGAGGAGCCCCUCACAACGAGAGGACAGGAGGUGAUCGCCGCCGGCGACGGCGCCGCCGCCGCCGCCCUCUUCUUCUUCUCCUUCACCACGGUUGUUGGUUUCUUGGCUUUUCUCCUCCCUUUUCUUGGGAAAAGAGAAGACAGAUAACUCGAUCUUGUGAUUAAUUUAGCCGCAAUUGACCAAUUUUUUUUGGCAAUUGGCUGUGUUCUUCUCUCUUUCCAAAAAUUUUGUCGAUUGGGAGGAAAGAAAAGAAAUUGAUAGGGAAAAAACAAAAUUGUGGAGUCAGAUUGAUGCCUGCUCGAUCGUUGAUGUGUCCUCUUCUUUGCCGUGCCGAUGAUCUCCAUUCCAUUGUGCUUUUGUUAUUUUGGUUUUGAUUAUACAGGUGAAAGAAUUCAUUUA